AUGGCCAGCGGGCGCCGACCUGUGCCUUCGAGGACCCUCUACGUGACGGGGUUCCCCCCAAAAAUCUCUGCGCGUGAGCUCGCAGAGGAUUUCGAGCGCAUCGGGCCGCUGGUCCGCUGUGACAUUCCCGCCCCCAAAAGCGCCGCCUCCAAACCCUAUGCGUUUGUGGAGUACGACGACAUUCGCGACGCAGAGGACGCAUACCAUGACUUGCAUGGCCUUCCGUUUGGAUCGUACAAGAUCGACGUCCAGUACGCCAAGUCCAAGCCGUCGGUGCCUGCCCGGUCGGGCGGACCGCGCCGCCGCUCGCCGUCGCCGCGCCGCAGCGAGAGGAAGUACGACCGCGAGCCGCCGCGCGACAGCCGAGCACCGCGCGAGCGCUCGCCAGAGGACCGUGCGCCCCGUGACCUCGACCGGGACUUGGACGGGGGCCACGAGGACGAGGCAGCCCGCGACACGGAUGCACGCCGCGGCCGCGACGACCCGCGCGAUGACCCGCGCGACGAUGACCCGCGCGACGACCCGCGCGCAGAAAACGAUGCAAUGACCGACGCCCGCGAUGCGCCCGCGGACGCAAAGCAGGACACGAGGGAGCAGGACACGGAGCCUGCAGCCGACGCGUAG